AUCCUGAACCGGAAGGGCUUCAUCAAACUGGCUCUCAAACACGGGGCUCAGCUGGUUCCUGUCUUUUCCUUCGGGGAGAACGAGUUGUUUGAUCAGAUGGAGAACCCGAGUGGUUCUCCUCUCAGGAGGCUGCAGAACCGGCUGCAAAGCAUCAUGGGAGUCGCGCUGCCUCUGUUUCACGCCAGAGGAGUUUUCCAGUACAGCUUCGGCCUGAUGCCCUACAGGAAGCCAAUCAACACCGUCGUGGGAGAACCCAUCCCAUUGGUCCGGAAUCCCAGUCCCAGCUCAGAGGACAUUGAGGGUCUGCAUCAGAUUUACCUGCAGAGUCUGACCCACCUGUUCGAGAAGAACAAAGAAAAAUACGGCCUCGAUGAACACCAGCACCUCACCUUCAUAUGACCUUUAAAAGACCUUCAUAUGAACUAUAUAUGUCUUUUAAUUGACCUUAAAUGCCUGAGCUUCAAUGCUAACAGUGCUAGCAUGGCCCAUAGAUCACAUGAUGUUUGUUGUGAUUAAUGAUCACAUGAAGAUGUUGCAGGUGAUUGACAGGCACAGCUUCCUUCCAGUUAUCCUUUUAUCUUCAGAGCGUCAUGUGACCCGUCAUGUGACCCGAACACAGUUUAUGAUGCGGGAACAGAUGUGAAAUGCCAAAGUACCAGUAUGUGCAGCUCUUCUUUUCGGAACCACAAUCCUUUGCAGAGCUGUACGAGCAGGUUCAGUGUUGUUGUAACAUUUCUAAUAAAAUACAUGAGGUUCCC